AGGGAGGGGGUGAAAAUGGCGCCCAGCUCGAAAUCGGAGCGGAACAGCGGGGCCGGGAGCGGCGGCGGCGGCACUGGGGGUGCCGGGGGGAAGCGGGCAGCGGGUCGGCGGCGGGAGCACGUCCUCAAGCAGCUGGAGCGGGUCAAGAUCAGUGGGCAGCUAUCCCCGCGCCUCUUCCGGAAGUUGCCGCCCAGGGUCUGCGUUUCCCUCAAGAAUAUUGUGGACGAGGAUUUCCUCUAUGCAGGACACAUCUUCCUGGGCUUUUCCAAGUGCGGCCGCUAUGUCCUGUCCUACACCAGCAGCAGUGGGGAUGACGACUUCUCCUUCUACAUCUACCACCUGUACUGGUGGGAGUUCAACGUCCACAGCAAGCUCAAGCUGGUACGGCAGGUGCGGCUUUUCCAGGAUGAGGAGAUCUACAGCGACCUGUACCUCACCGUGUGUGAGUGGCCCAGCGAUGCCUCCAAGGUCAUCGUCUUCGGCUUCAACACCCGCUCAGCCAACGGGAUGCUCAUGAAUAUGAUGAUGAUGAGUGAUGAGAACCACCGUGACAUCUACAUCAGCACCGUGGCAGUGCCACCACCAGGCCGCUGUGCUGCCUGCCGAGACGCCAGCCGGGCCCACCCAGGCGACCCAAGUGCGCAGUGCCUGCGGCACGGCUUCAUGCUGCACACCAAGUACCAGGUGGUCUACCCCUUCCCCACCUUCCAGCCCGCCUUUCAGCUCAAGAAGGACCAGGUGGUGCUGCUCAACACCAGCUACUCCCUGGUGGCCUGUGCCGUCUCCGUCCACUCAGCAGGCGAUAGCAGCUUCUGCCAAAUCCUGUAUGACCACACAGCCUCACCCCUGGUCCCUCCCAGCCCCCCUGCACCCCAGAGUCCGGAUGUGCCCCCAGCCCUUCCUAGCCUCUCCCCCGAGGCUGCCCCGGUCCGGCCCUCUGGGGCCUCCGAGCCCUCGCCUGCCAUUGCCAAAGCCAAGGAGUUUGUGGCCGACAUCUUCCGCAGGGCCAAAGAGGCCAAGGGUGGGACCUCUGAGGAAGCCCGGCCGCCCCCUUGUCCAGGGCCCUCAGGCAGCCGCUGCCGCCUGCCCACUGAGCCCCUAACCCCAGGUGGGGAGGCAGUGCCCCGAGAUAGUCCCCCUGCAGUGGAGGUGCCUGCCUCAGAGCCUGGCUAUGUCAACUACACCAAACUGCAUUACGUGCUGGAGUCUGGGGAAGGGACAGAACCAGAGGAUGAAUUUGAGGACGACAAGAUCUCCCUACCCUUCGUGGUGACUGACCUCCGGGGCCGCAACCUUCGACCCAUGAGGGAGCGGACAGCUGUCCAGGGUCAGUACCUGACAGUGGAGCAGCUCACACUGGACUUCGAGUACGUCAUCAAUGAGGUCAUCCGCCAUGACGCCACCUGGGGCCACCAGUUUUGCUCCUUUAGCGACUAUGACAUCGUCAUCCUGGAGGUUGGCCCGGGAAUGGGACAGAGCGGGCCCAGGACCUCCUGCUCUGGUGUCACCCUCAAUGGCUAUCAUCGUCUAAACCCCUGCCAGGUAUGUCCGGAAACUAACCAGGUUCUCAUCAACAUUGGCCUGCUGCUCCUGGCAUUCCCGUCCCCGACUGAGGAGGGCCAGCUCCGACCAAAGACCUAUCAUACCAGCCUCAAGGUGGCGUGGGACCUCAACACAGGUAUCUUUGUGACAGUCAGCGUGGGGGACCUCACUGAGGUCAAAGGGCAGACCAGCGGCAGCGUCUGGAGCUCAUACCGCAAGAGCUGCGUAGACAUGGUGAUGAAGUGGCUGGUGCCUGAGAGCAGCGGUCGCUACGUCAACAGGAUGACCAAUGAGGCACUGCACAAAGGGUGCUCUUUGAAGGUCCUGGCGGACAGUGAGCGAUACACGUGGAUUGUGCUGUGAGGGCCCUGGCACCAUGGACACUGACUCCAACUACCUCCGCAGCCUGGGAGCUGGCCGCUUCCCGGGCUGGCCUCUUCCCGGCCGAGGGCCAGCCGACUGACGACCGGGACUAGUGUUAGGCUGCGGGGGGGAGGUGGCUGGGCGGGGGCAGCCCAGUGGUCUAAGAGUCUGGACACUUCUUAUUUAUGCCUAUUUAAGUUGGGAAGGGGCAGAGGGAGGGAGCCCCUGCCCCACCAGCCACGUGUCCCAUCUCCACCCUAGUUGGGCAUGGCCAGUUCCUUGCGCAUUUGCCCCUUUCCUCACCACAGGAGGUGUGGACAUUGCCCUCUGGGAGGCUGAAGAACCCCGGUGCCCUGCCCAACCCAGCCUCCCUCACCUGCGGGUGAGAAACCUCGUGGCCAUCCCCCUUUUGAUUCCUCUUCAUGUAAUAAAUGUUUUAUUUCUGAA